UACAUUCUCCCCAAAACAUAGAUGCAGUCUCUUAAUGUCCAUGAUCUCAAUAAUACCCGUAAGGCCCAAUUGGAUUUGGUGUUCUUUAAUCGUGUACCCAAAGUGGGCAGUCAAACUUUUAUGGAACUUUUGAGACGUCUAUCGGAACGUAAUAAUUUUCAAUUUCAUCGUGAUGCAGUGCAAAAAGUUGAAACCAUACGUUUGGCCGAAGAUCAACAGCAAGAAUUGGCCGAAGUUAUUAGUGAUUUACCCGAACCAUCGGUGUUUAUUAAACAUGUCUGCUAUACGAAUUUCACCAAAUUCAAAUUGCCCACUCCCAUCUAUAUAAAUGUGGUGCGUGAUCCGGUGGAGAGAGUUAUCAGUUGGUUCUAUUACGUCCGAGCUCCUUGGUAUUUUGUCGAACGUAAAGCCGCCUUUCCCGAUUUACCACUACCACAUCCGGCCUGGUUGAAAAAGGAUUUUGAAUCGUGUGUCUUGUCGGGUGAUCAGGAGUGCACUUACACCCAGGGCGUUACCGUGGAGGGCAUAGGUGAUCAUCGCCGUCAGAGUUUGUUCUUUUGUGGUCAUGCCUAUGAGUGCACACCCUUUAAUACUGUAGGCGCUUUAGAAAGAGCUAAACAUGCAGUCGAAAGUCAAUAUGCUGUAGUGGGAGUUUUAGAGGAUCUUAAUACCACUCUAUCGGUAUUUGAGAAAUAUAUACCCAGAUUUUUCCAAGGUGUUCGGGAGAUUUAUGACACCAGUGCCGAAUACCUAACAAAGAUCAAUAAAAAUAAUUUCAAACCACCAGUUAGUGAAAAAGUCAAAGAUAUUGUACGACGCAAUUUCACCAAUGAAAUUGAAUUCUAUCAAUUCUGUCGACAGCGUUUGCACAAGCAAUAUCUGGCCGCUAAUCUGCCCGAUAAAACGAUGGCUCAUUUACAACCUUAAAUUUUAGAGAAGCAAAACAAACAAAAACACGAUAACUUAGAAAAACAAAAAGUAUUUAAAUUUAAGAUUUUGAACAAAGUAGA